CUUAGAUAUUAACAAUUAUUAAUUAAAUAAUAACUAUAAAAUGGAAUUACAAGUAUGAAAAGUAUCAUUCAAUUGUCAAUUCCUUAUAUUUUUAAGGUAAGUCCAAUAUUUUUAAAACCAAGAUCAUAAAUCUUCAUUUUAAUAAAAAUGAUAAUACACAGAUUAGAAGGAUAUUAGAAGCAGAAAACCUUUAAAGAUUAAUUGAAAUAAACUGCCAGAAUUACAUAAAUCAGAAGUAGAAGAAAACUUCAACAGAACAGGGUGGUGGAAUGAC